AUGGAAUCUAGUGCCUUACGGCCUCUCGAUGAAUCAAUACUCCGCGAACUCCCUCAACUCUCUCUGCGUAUCGCCCCUCUCCGAGAACCAGUAUCCUCACGAACCCUAAGCGUCCCAUCACCCCUCGAACCCAAUGCCAGUGGGGCACGGGACUCGAAUAAUAUCUCCAAUUCAAACAGAAAUAGCGGGAAGAUCUCAGCAAAUGCAAAGGCAGGCCUACCGACAGUCACGGAAUUUCUGAACGCUGCACGUAUCAGGAAAACCGAACUUUCAGCAGACUCGCAGUCAAAUGUGGAACGCCCCCCGAGGCCGAUACUUCCGGCUUUUGUGAAUCUUCGUGCCCUAGAGAAGUUUCAUUUCUCGUCAUCUUUCGACGAUGACGCCCUCCAAGGGCCCCGCAAGCGUCGACGCCGAGACCCCCAGGCUGAUUCAUUCAGCGAGCAUCUACAGUUGCCUAUCCCCCAGGCCCAGAAAGAGCAGCGGCCUCCUCCAUUUGGGCCAUUUGCUAUUUUGAAUGGAUUGAAUGAGCCUCCGCCAAAUGCUGCCCUCCUUCCACCCAUUGAGGCUGGGUCCAAUAUCUCCCAGCUUUUGACCAAGCCCUCCGGAGGCGAUGCUGGUGUUGACCCUGGGGCGUCAGUUUCGGCUCAUGUCACGGUCCCAGAUGGUCAACCUGCGGAAAGACGGGAUGCUAGACUCGAAGAAAUCCUCAGAACAUCUCUCAAUGGGGAUGAAGACCAUGAUAAUAAUGAUAAUAAUGAAAACGUUGAAAGUACUAACCUAGUGGACCCUGAUGAGGUUGUCCUAGCUGUUCGUGAAGCAGAAAUAUCCAAGACCAACAAGGCAUUGUCACCUCAUCCUGGAGAAGAUGCGCCAAUGUCUCCCAAAACUCGCGGCCGGUCCCGUAAAAACUUGAGGAAGUGGUCCGAAGAAGAGACGACUACUUUACUUCGAGGAGUGGUCAAAUGCGGGAUUGGAAACUGGACUGCUAUUCUUGCUCAACCGGAACUGGAGUUUAAUCAGCGAACUGCCUCAAAUUUGAAAGACAGAUUUCGAGUUUUAUGUCCAUGGGCGUACCGCGCAUCCGAUCCCAACGAAGCUGCGAAACAACUACACGACACUCUCGCUAACGCCCUACUCAAAGCCAAAGCAGAGGGCUCCGACGAAAUACCGGGGAAAAUCCAUCUCUCCCAUCUAGGGCCCUCCAGUCAAGGCUCCAAGUCAAAGUCUGGAGCAGGGAGUCCAGCUUGCAAUCCACAAAAACCCUCUAUCUCGAGUACCGUAUCAUCUACGCCCGACACAGAUCCCGGUAGUAGUAGCAUUGCCCAAUCACAGUCACCCUCAUCAGGAAAUAGCACACCCGCUUCUUCAAGCAAGUCCCACAUAACCCUCGCAUCUCUUGGAAUCCCCGAACCACAUGUCGCAAAAUCCAAACGUCGCUCUCGACGACCCUUCACAACCACCGAAGACGAAGCCCUCCUAAAAGGCUACGCAGUACACGGCUUCCAAUGGACCCUAAUCCAACAAGAUGCAAGAUUGAAUCUAAGCCACCGCAAAGCGACAGACCUUCGCGAUCGCUUCAGAACUAAGUUCCCACACGCCUAUCGCGACGGCGGUUCUGUGAGCGGCAAAGCCCUCACCAACAAAAACCAGGCCCAAGAGUCGGCUGUAGGAGCGUCGACACCCCGUCCCCAUCCUGUCAACACCGAACAAUCCCCAAGCAAGGCUCAUGCUAUGACUCCGACUCCAACUCCCACUACCAUUCCCCAUAACUCGGCCUCGAGGGGUCGUCACGCUGCUACCCCUUCGCAGUCAAAUCUCGCCCAGGUUGAUCCCGCGCUCUUACCGCCGCCUCCGCAGGGGUUUCUGGAGCACCCGAUGUAUCUUCCUCCUGCAGCCGCGGGUGUGCUUUCUUUCUCUUUGGAUGAUGGCUCUGGGGCGGGUGCUUCUUCUGCGGUGGAGACACCGUGGGAAGAUAAUACCCUUGCUCCUAUGAUUUGGGAUGAAUUGACCUAG